CAACACUGAUUGGCCAAGACGCCGCACCGUCCGUAGGGUGAAAACAAACGUGAGCCGCUGAUCCUCUGACCGCCCUUCGUCCUCGUCACACACCAGACACUCAAAAACAAUACCUGAUACAAGAAAAGGAAUAUAAAGUGUAGGUGACCUUCAUCCUGCCAGCGGUGCAUCAUGUGGCUGAUAAUUUAGGACUGGUAACCAUUUUCGUGUCCACAUCCUCCUCAUCCUCCUCCUUUGCUGCUUUACUCAUUCUUCUUGCAAACCUUAAGUAAUUCGAUGUGGGAGAGGAGGAGCAGCAGCCAUGUACAACUUGUGCAAGAUAACCCACCCAGCUCUUGGUGUGGAGCUUUCCCUCUACUGUAACUUCUUCAGCCACCGGGAGAAGUCCCUGGUGGUGGCAGGCUCCAAUGUCAUCAGGGUGUUUAGACUGGUGGCGGAAGUGCCUCCUAGGUCCCUGCGCGAUGACAGUGCUAACCAAGAUGACAAACCCCCAAAAGUCAAGCUGGAGUGCAUGGCCACCUACAAGCUGCAUGACAACGUGGCCACCAUGGCAUCCGUGUCCCUAUCCCCACUGAGGGACUCACUCCUGCUGGGCUUUAAGGAUGCCAAGCUCUCUAUUGUGGAGUACGAUCCUUACAACCACAACCUACGAACCGUCUCCCUCCAUUACUUUGAGAAGGAGGACAUCAAGGGUGGGUGGCUGCAGACAGUGUCGCUGCCGCUGGUGCGUGUGGAUCCUGAGGCACGAUGUGCUGCUAUGCUCAUAUACGGCAGGAAGAUCGUCAUCCUGCCGUUUCGCCGCGACCUCAAGGGUGACGAUGUGGAUUACAACUCGGCCUUCUCCCGCGGCCCUGUGCUGCAGUCUUACAUUAUCGACCCCAAGGACUUUGAGGCGCCCAGCAUUGACAACAUAAUAGAUAUGCAGUUUCUUCAUGGCUACUAUGACGCAACUCUGAUGCUUCUCUAUGAGCCCAUCAAGACCUUCCCGGGUCGUGUAGCUGUGAGGCAGGACACGUGUGCCCUGGCCGCCAUCUCCCUCAACAUCCGGCAGCGGCUUCAUCCUGUCAUCUGGUCCAUAUCUUGUCUCCCCCAUGACUGUGAGAAGCUGCUGGCAGUGCCCAAGCCCAUUGGUGGAGUGCUGCUCUUUGCUUGUAACUCCCUCACCUACCUCACCCAGUCUGUGCCUCCGUAUGGCGUCUCCCUCAACUCCAUGGGAGACAAGAACACCAACUUCCCCCUCAGAAAGCAGGAGGGUGUGGUCAUAUCCCUGGACUGUGCCCAUGGAGAGUUCCUGACGGAGGACAGGGUGGUCAUCUCCCUCAAGGGUGGAGAGCUGUACGUCCUCACGCUGGUGGCUGACUCAAUGCGCUCUGUCCGCAGCUUCCACUUUGACAAAGCUGCCGCCUCAGUGCUCACCUGUAGUAUGUGUGUGUGUGAGGACCAGUACCUGUUCCUUGGCUCCCGGCUUGGUAACUCCCUCCUGCUGCGCUACACUGAGAAGGAGCUGCACGACCCCAUGAGAUCCAGAGGCAACGUUCCCUCUGACCAGGAGCCGCCCGUCAAGAAAAGCAGACUGGACACGCUGGGUGACUGGAUUGCCAGUAAUGUGGAAGACAUUCGAGAUGAUGAUGCCCUGGAGGUGUAUGGUCAUGAGGACACCUCCACCGUGCAGCUCACGUCCUACAGCUUUGAGGUGAUGGACAGCUUACUCAACAUUGGUCCAUGUGGGGAUGUGGCCAUGGGUGAGCCGGCCUUCCUGAGCGAGGAGUAUGACAACUCUGUGGACCCGUGUGUUGAGCUGGUCACCACCUCAGGGCAUAGCAAGAAUGGGGCACUGUCCAUCCUGCAGCGCUCCAUCAAGCCUCAGGUGCUGACAACCUUCGACCUGCCUGAUGUGGAUGACAUGUGGACGUUGGUGGGGAAGGUGGACGAGCGGCGGAGGCGAGAGACAGGCCUGCUGGACCACUCCUUCCUCAUCCUGUCCCGCUCAGACUCCUCCCUGAUCUUGCGCACGGAGGAGGAGAUCAACGAGCUGGAGGAGUCUGGCUUCAACACCACCUCCAAGACAGUGUUUGCUGGCAACAUGGGCAACAACAGAUACAUUGUGCAGGUGACCAGUGGAGGGGUGAGGCUGCUGGAGGGCACAGUACAGCUGCAGCAUCUGCCUGUGGAUGUUGGCAGCCCUCUGGUGGCUGCCUCAUUGGCUGACCCGUACCUGGCAGUGCUGGCCCAGGACGGCACACUCAUGAUCUUCACACUGGCCACCACCCGUGCCUCCACUGCUAGACUGUCCCCGGCCAAGCCUAUCAACACUGGUAGGUCACCACUGCAGACGAUCUGUGCUUACUGUGAUGUGUCUGGGCUGUUCACCACACGCUACCCUGAGGACCGAGAGAAGGACCCCAAGGUGUUCCGCACUGACGCAGACAUCAAGAAAGAGCUGGACGACGAGGACGAGAUGCUGUACGGCAACACUGACAUCUCUGUGUUUGACCCGCCCAAGACCUUCAAUCCCCAGGCUGGCCAGGAGAAGACCAAGAAUGACUGGUGGAGGAAGUGGCAGAAGGAGAUCCGGCCGUCCUACUGGUUGGUUGGGGUGAGGGACAACGGUGACCUGGAGAUUUACACACUUCCUGAUUUCAAAUUGUCGUAUUCUGUUAAAAACUUCUGGCUGGGCCAGCGAGUGUUGACAGACAGCUCAGCAAACACCGCUUCCACUCAGGCAAAUCCAACAUUGGAAGUCUAUAUCCCCACUAUUCAUGAGGUGUUGCUGGUGGGGAUGGGCAACAGGAAUCUCCGCCCUGUGCUGCUGGCUCGUGUGGAGGAGGACCUGCUCAUGUAUGAAGUGUUCCCCUUUUACGAGAACCUCAGCCCCACACAGCUCAAGAUCAGGCUGAGACUCAUUGAGCACAACCUCAUCCUGCGGGAAAAGCGGUCAAGCAGGAACAGGAGGAAAGCCGAGGAGGAAGGCAGCAGCGGCCAGGAGAGGAAGAUAGACCGGGUCAGCAAACUUCGUGGCUUCAGCAACAUCAGCGUGUACAGCGGGGUGUUCAUCUGUGGGCCGUACCCUCACUGGGUGUUCAUGACAGUGCGCGGUGAGCUGCGUUACCACCCCAUGAGUGUGGAUGGCUCCGUCAAGUGCUUCGCUCCCUUCAGAAACAUCAACUGUCAGAAUGGCUUUCUCUACUUCAACCGCAAGGACUCCAUGAGAAUCUGUCUGCUGCCCACCAUCCUGUCCUAUGAUGCUCCCUGGCCGGUAAGGAAGGUGCCACUGCGUUGCUCUCCUCACUUCAUUGUCCACCACCUGGAGACCAAGACCUACUGUGUUGUCACCUCCACCUCAGAGCCCACCCUCAAGAUCUGGAAGUUUAAUGGAGAUGACAAGGAGGAGAUCAAGGAGGAGCGAGAUGAGAGGUUCAUUCCAGUCCAGGCGCCACAGUUCUCCAUUCAGCUCUUCUCUCCUGUCAACUGGCAGAUGAUUCCAAACACUGAGUACUGUCUGGAGCCCUGGGAACAUGUCACCUGCUGUAAGAACGUUAUCCUGGCCUACGAGGGCGACCGCUCUGGCCUCAGAGGUUACCUGGCCCUGGGCACCACCUACUGUUUUGGUGAGGACAUCACCUGCCGUGGUCGCAUCAUCAUCUUUGAUGUGAUUGACGUGGUGCCUGAGCCUGGCCAGCCCCUCACUAAAAACAGGCUCAAAAUGCUGUAUGAAGGAGAGCAGAAGGGCCCUGUCACUGCCUUGGCUCAUUGCUGCGGCCUGCUGGUGUCAGCCAUUGGGCAGAAGGUGUACAUAUGGCAGCUGAAGAACACUGACCUAGUGGGCAUGGCCUUCAUUGACACCCAGAUCUACACCCACCAGCUGAGCUGUAUCAAGAGCCUCAUCCUUGGUGCUGACAUCUGCAAGUCCAUCUUCAUCCUGCGCUUCCAGGAGGAGAACAGGACACUGUCACUGGUGGCCAGGGACCACAAGCCGCUGCAGGUGUAUGGUGUCCAGUACCUGGUGGAUAACACCACACUGGCCUUCCUGUGCAGUGAUGCAGACAAGAACAUGGUGGUGUUCACAUACAACCCAGAGUCUCAUGAGAGUGCUGGAGGCACCAGGCUAAUCAGGAAAGGAGAUUUCCACCUGGGCCAUCAUGUGAAUUCCUUCUUCAGGAUACGGUGUCGCGUUGGGGAUGUGUCAGGUGAGCGCCGUGCCGGCCAAAACAUUGAGCGGCGCCACAUCACAGAGAUGGCCACCUUGGACGGCUCCCUGGGCUACGUGCUUCCCGUCAGCGAGAGGACCUACCGCCGCUUCUCCAUGAUCUACAACCUGCUGGUGCAACACUUGCCACACAUUGCAGGCCUCAACCCCAAGGCAUGCCAUACAGUCAUGUCCCGCCAGAAGCUUAACAUCAACCCUGCUCGUGCCAUACUGGACGGGGAGCUCAUCUGGUCCUUCCUCCACCUCCCUGUCCCAGAGAAGGCUGAGAUCGCUAAGAAGAUUGGAGCAAAAGUUGAUGACAUUAUUGAGGAGUUAAUGGAGCUUGAUAGGAUGACGGCACACUUUUGAUUCUGGUGGUCACAUGAACCGAGACCAUUGAAGCUGAUGUGUGCUUGUUUUGUUAAGGAGCCUUUAUUUUUCAUACAAGUCAAAGUUCAGGAAAUCCAUCACAACUCAAUCAUCUCAAUCCAGAUUUGGGAUCAUGUUGAUAGUAAACAUUGUGAAGCUAUGAAUCUGGGAGGAAAAAGAAUAUGGUUAGUGUGAAAAGGAACUAGCAAAAGAUAAUCAUGAAACACUCAUUGCUGCCGUCACUUAUGAUGAGACAGAAAGAGGAACCAAUGAAGAAAGUGUCCAUCCUGAACCCAUUCUUAUAUCCUUCUUGUGAGUUUGGACACAGUCAGUUCAGGUUGUGCUUCAAAUGUGCAGGUGUCACUGAUCAUUGUGCCCUACAGUCACAAGGUACAGCUAUGACUGUCACCACCACCAUCACUACCACCACCCUGGGAAGCACAGCAAGGCACACCUGCCAUGCUUCCAGCCACUAUAAUUAAGUGGAGUCAGGUGAAGGCAUUAUUUUUCUAUGUUAUAGUGCAACUACUGUGACCUGUUCAGUGUUUCCUAGGAUUCUCUUUGAUAUAUAUCUUAUUUUAAUAAAAUCACAAAUCAAAA